AUGGGCACAAAUUCGGCACUUCGUGCUUCAUCCUUGGCAAUCAAAAGGGUUAUGGAAGGCAGGAUUGCACAUCUAGGUCACCAAUUCGGCACUUCGUGCCUCAUCCCUGGCAAUCAAAAAGUGAGGGAAUGGAUUGUAAAAUAUCUUCGGCAAAUAGAUGGAUUGCAAAUUCGGCAUUUUGUGCCUCAUCCGGCAAUCAAGAAAUGGCAAUUGAGAGGGAAGCAACUAUGUGAGGGUGUUCCGGCACCAGAACAGUAUCACGUGACUGGCACACAUUAUUGGAAAGCUCUCAACGUCCUCUUUCAAACGACCACAAAACCGCACGAAGCUAAUCACAGGAAGCCAAGAUAUUCUGCCCUAAAGAUCGGCCAGAAAUUAUGCAAUAGUGCCGGCCAAAAUCUGAUCCGCAAAUUAAUUGCGCCACCCGACGAUUUUUUUACACCAUUUCAGCAACUUAAAAGGCCAGCAAAUGGGCUACACCCUCGACCUCAAAUAUGGCAACCAAAAGGGUCAUAG